AAGCCCACGCUUUUCGUCACUGUCACCGAAGGGAGGGCGUACUAGUAUGACAAACCGGCACUGUCCCUCGUAAACUGUCAAUAUCUCCCAAGUACAGUGGCAGGACUGACUUUCUCUCCCCAUCAUUUCUGUGUUUGUGGUAGUGUCCAGUUUUACCCGUUUUUUCACGCCGGCUCAAGAUGGCGGCGGUACAGCUGAAGGGUACUAGCCGCUCGGAAUGAGUAGUUUUUAAUCAAAAAAGAUAAAAAACAAAAUAUUAAUUUGGGAAAUUUGGUUUAAAGAAAUUGUUCGGAACUUGCCCACCCCUGAAUUAUUACAAUCGGAUCUUUGUCAUCGUGUUGACAGAAUUUUCUGUCAAAAUGUUCACGAUCUAGUCUAGCUGGCUAGCUCGCUGGCUACCACAGGACACCGGAGAGAGGUGGAGAAUGGGAGAGAAGCUGGAACUCAAAUUGAAGUCGCCGGUUGGAGCCGAAGCAGCGGGCUACCCAUGGCCACUACCAGUAUACGAUAAGCACCACGAUGCUGCUCAUGAAAUCAUCGAGACCAUACGGUGGGUGUGUGAGGAGAUUCCUGAUCUCAAGCUGGCCAUGGAGAACUACGUCCUCAUCGACUAUGACACCAAGUGCUUCGAGAGCAUGCAGAGGCUGUGCGACAAGUACAACCGAGCCAUCGACAGCAUCCACCAGCUGUGGAAAGGUACCACCCAGCCUAUGAAGCUCAACAAGCGGCCUUCGAACGGCCUGCUGCGGCACAUCCUGCAGCAGGUGUACAACCACUCGGUCACCGACCCCGAGAAGCUCAACAACUACGAGCCCUUCAGCCCGGAGGUGUACGGGGAGACGUCCUUCGACCUGGUGGCGCAGAUCAUCGACGAGAUGGAGAUGAUGGAGGACGACACCUUCGUGGACCUGGGCAGCGGCGUGGGACAGGUAGUGCUCCAGGUUGCCGCGGCGACGAACUGCAGGCAUUACUACGGGGUUGAGAAGGCGGACAUCCCGGCCAGUUACGCAGAGUCGAUGGACAGAGAGUUUAAGAAAUGGAUGAAGUGGUACGGGAAGAAGCACGGAGAGUACACGUUGGAGCGAGGAGACUUCCUGUCUGAGGAGUGGAAAGACAGAAUCGCCAACACAAGUGUUAUUUUUGUGAACAACUUUGCCUUCGGUCCCGAGGUGGAUCACCAGCUUAAGGAGCGAUUUGCUAACAUGAAGGAAGGUGGCAAAAUCGUGUCCUCAAAACCUUUUGCACCUCUAAAUUUUAGAAUCAACAGUCGAAACUUGAGUGACAUUGGCACAAUCAUGAGAGUAGUGGAAUUGUCUCCUCUGAGAGGAUCAGUGUCCUGGACGGGGAAGCCGGUUUCCUACUACCUGCAUACAAUAGACCGCACCAUACUUGAAAACUACUUUUCUAGUCUCAAAAAUCCUAAACUCAGGGAGGAGCAAGAGGCAGCUAGGCGUCGUCUACAGAAAGACAAAGACAGCAAGAGCAACACCACCACCCCGACCAAGGCGAAGGAGCACAAGGACUCUUGCGGGGAGGACGAGCGGCCGGGCCUGCUGACGGCGGGGAAGCCGUCCCCAAAACCUCGGCGGGCGCGGCUCAUCGCCAAGGGCAGGAAGCGCGGGCGCCCCAAAAAGGCCUCGGCCCCCGCCAUCACCGCCGCCGAGCGCAAGAGCAAGAAGAGCCAGAGCGCCCUGGACCUGCUGCACGCCAAGACCCUGUCUGCAGUGCCCCCUCAGGAUGCAUACAGGUCACCUCAAAGCCCCUUCUACCAGCUACCUCCCAAAGUUCAGCACUAUACGUCUGGGCAGCUUCACCUGGGGCCCACCCCCCCGGCCCUGCAGCAGCUGCUGGAUAACUUCAAGGUCCAGUACCUGCAGUUCAUGGCCUACAUGAAGACGCCUCAAUACCGCACUAAUCUGCAGCAGGUUCUGGAAAAGGAGAAGCUCAGACAGAGCGAGCUCACUGGUCAGGCGGAGCAGCUGUACAGUGUGUGUCAGACGCACAAGGACAAGAUUAAAACGCUUUUCCAGGCCAAACUGGAGGAGCUGGGAGUGAAGGCUGUGACGGUGGAGGACCUCCUGCAGGCUCAGAAGGAGAUCGCGGCUCACAACCGGCAGCUGCAGGAGCAGACCAGGCAGCUGGAGCGGGACAACGCAGAGCUGCAGGACCAGAGCCUGCUCCUGCUGAAGUCGCGCUGUGAGGAGCUGAAGCUGGACUGGGGCUCUCUCUGCCUGGAGUCCCUGCUGAAGGAGAAGCAGGCCCUGCGCCGGCAGAUCUCUGAGAAACAGCGCCACUGUCUGGAGCUGCAGAUCAGCAUCGUUGAGCUGGAGAAGAGCCAGAGGCAGCAGGAGUUGCUGCAGCUCAAGUCCUACAGCCCCUGCGAUGAGCCCCUCUACCGCAAGAGCCUCCCCAGCCUGGCCCCCCGGCCCCCCCACGACCCCGACGCGCCCAAGCUGGGCCUGGUCUCCGCGGCGAUGAACGGGCUGAGUCCGGAACUUUCCAUCAACGGCGCGGCGUCGCCCUGCGUGCGGGGGGGCGGGGGCUGCAAGCCCGAGCUGCUCUCCCGCUACCUGCCCGUCUCCCCCGAGCACGACAUCGUGCCCCCCACGCCCGACGCCCGGCACCGCCAGCUGUGCCACGCCCUGCCCGACUACACCCGCUUCUCCCCCGCCAAGAUCGCCCUGCGCCGGCACCUCAACCAGGAGCCCGGCUGUGCCCCCUUCCGCAGCCCCGGGGCCUGCGCUCACAGGGGGGACAUCGGUGUGGUCUCUCCUCCACCCCUGGGUAUAAAACAAGGCUGCCCCUCGCCCUGCUCUCCGGACACACAGCAGAGUGCCACGCCCAAAUCUGCAGAAAGGGCGUUUAAGGAGAAAAGCCCGGCGGUUGCCGGGGAGACCAUCACCAGCCUGCCAAUCAGCAUCCCCCUCAGCACUGUGCACCCCAGCAAGCUGCCCGUCAGCAUCCCCCUGGCCAGCGUGGUGCUACCCAGCCGCGCCGAGAGACUGAGGAGCACGCCCAGUCCGGUGUUUCUAUCCCGGGACCCUGUGCCACAGAGCAACGGCAAGCAGCCCCACACCCCUACCUCAGGGUUCUCCUCCGGUUCUGUGAUGGUGAACGGCGGCUCUCAUUCCGGAUCCUUCUCCCUGGACCACGAUUCGGCGUCCUCCUCCCCGCCCCCCCACUGCACCCCCCCGUCGGGCCUGCAGGGGCGCCCCUCCGGCUACAGCCCCCCGCUGGGCACCGGGGGGGUGCUUCAGUACGCCGACGGCCCUCCCAGGAUCCUCCCCGAGGCGGGGCCCGGCCGGCACGCCGAGUCCGACUCGGAGCCGCUCCACGAGAGCGAGGCCAAGCGCCGCAUCUUCUUCUCCUCCUCUUCGUCCUCGUCCUCCUCUUCCUCGUCCUCCUCCUCUUCCUCCCGCCAUCACCACGGCAAGCAGGGGCCGCAUCACCACGGCAACCACCACCAUCACCACCAUCACCACCACCAUUCGCCCGGCGCGUCGCACGAGGGCCGCAGGCGGGGCCGCAGGAAGCGCGGCUCCGUGGGGGCGGGCCCUGCCGGCGGCUCCUCCCCCAAGAGGCGGUCCUUUCCUGGGCUGGGCGGGGCCAGCUACCCCUCCGGCUCCCCCCUCAACAUCAACUCCAUGGUGAACAACAUUAACCAGCCCCUGGACAUCUCGGCCAUCUCUUCCCCGGAGCAGUCGGGACGGAGCCCCGGCGGGGCGGACCUCGACCAGCCCCCCGUCCUGAAGAGGGAGUGGCCCGUGGAGCUCAACGGCUCGGGGCGCUACUCCUCCCCCGCCAGCUCUGACGACGACGAGGCGGGGUACCCCGCGGACAGCUCCAGCUCACGAAUCGAGAGGAAGAUCGCCACCAUCUCCCUGGAGAGCAGAGACAGUCCCCUGAAGUCGGGAGAAGGUGAGUGGGGCGGUGGCUCGAUGGGACGCAGAUCCGGAAGCAGCAGCAUCAACAGCGAAGUCUCCUCUUCCUCGUCCUCCUCUUCCUCCACCUCCUCCAGCAAGUGGAAGUCGACCUUCUCCCCGAUCUCCGACCCCAAGCAGCUCCCGACCUCCGACCCCAGGCAGGCGGGAUCUCCCUUUGGGGGGGGCGGGGCCAGGGGCGGAGGAGGGGGCGGGACCGACUCGGACUCAGAUCACAAACAGCAGCAGCGGAGGGGGGAGGGUGGGGUCCCGGACUCCACCCACCCCUCGGGGACCCCCUCCUUCCUCAACCACAACCCGUUCCUCAGCCAGGAGGCAGGCCCCGGGCCCCGCGGGGGGGCCCCAGGAGGGGUUCCCGACAGGCAGCCAAAGCAGAAGCCCUCCAGGGACUGGGAGCUAAAGACAGCCAGCCAGAACCUCUUCAUCGCCGCGGCGACGGCGGGCGGGGCCGUCCUGAGCGGGAAGGGGGGCGGGGCUGCGGUGGUCUCCUCCUCCUCCUCCUCCUCUGCCUCGGGGGCCGGCGUAGGACAGUACCUGGGGGCCCAGUUCCCCCUGGGGGGCGCCUCGGUCCUGCACCCGCUGUUCGGGGGCCAGACGCCCGUUUCGGGGGGCGUUUCGGUUGCGUCCCGCCUUGUCAACGGACACACCCCCCUGGGGAGCUUCUCCAGUAACGGCCUGGCAGGAGGCGCAGCAGGAGGUAACUGAAGAAAUCUACCUCAACCCUACUAUCAGACCUAUGCAAAUGGACAGGUGUGGACCAGGAGACGGCCCGAUCCUCACUGACUGGUGCUCCUUAAUCCUCUGAGCCGCCUCUCUUCGGCAUGGGCGUUAAAAACAAACAAAAAACGAAAGCGAAAACACGUGCAGCUCCUCCAUACAUUUCACACUGACCCUGGCACUCUUACAAAUCUGUCCUGAGCCGCGUCGAGACGGUCCAGCCCUGUGUGUGUGUGUGUGUGUGUGUGUGUGUGUGUGUGUGUGUGUGUGUGUGUGUGGGAGAGAAGGGUGUUUGAGUGUGUGUGUGUGUGUGUGUGUGUGUGUGUGUGUGUGUCCAUGCCUCUGGAAGAAAGGUUAGAUCAAACUGAGCAGUGACCUUUAACCCUUUAAAGUGUGAGAUCACAAACAGGUCAUGUAAUGCUGAUGUAAUGAUCACUAUCAGUAAUUGAAAGCAGUGGAGUUCUAGAACACUCACUUUUGAAUUUUGAAUAAAUAAAUAAAAAAACAUUCCAAAAAAUCUAGGGUGAAGAGAAUAACUGCAUGUAUCAUUUCUGUGGCAUGCUGAAUAUGACCUAUUCCAAUAUUAACACAGUUAAUUACUUCUAAAGCUCAUUAACAAAUAUCCCACAGGAGUGGGAUAAUAUUUGGAGUUUCCUGGCCCAGUUUUGGUAUGCAUUAACAGUCCUUUCAAACAAGAUGAUACUGGCUAAAUUCUGUGUGGGCUUACUUUCAUCUUACUUGCACCCAGCGUGAGCUUCUUUCAUUAUAGAUCAGAUGUCAUUCAUGUGGUCAAUGAGUUGAGUUUGCUUCCUGUUAAUUUAGGAUAGCUGAGCGCCCCAAGCAACAGGAAUACCGAUACUAUUACACAAAGAAUAUGCAGUUCAUUAUUCUAAUUCAGAUGGGAAAAUCAACAAAUCUUAUGUUUUCUGACAUUUUUGUGGUAUCUCUAAAAGCUCAUAGACAUACCUAAUAAGCAAUAUUCAUCAUGCCUCUGGUCGUUUUUGUGACUAACGGAUACAUACUUUGUCGUGGCCUGUAUGGUCCGUGCCACUACAGUACCCAACAUCAUUUUGCCUCUACAGCUUGGUUUUGUUCAGGUGAAUUUAGGGGUGUUGGUUUUUACGGUGCUCUGUGCUGGUGUCAGGGAACAAUGGGGCCCUCUGCUUCUCUUCCUGGGGCGAGCGUUGUACCCGCAGCUGUUUACUGCUGAGUUUCUGUCGUUUAUCACAAUACACCCAAUAUGAAUCAAACACCCCGGCCCCCCCAGGAAGAAGCUGAAAGCUUGAUUGACUGUUAAUCCUUCGUGUCUUAUGUCUGAAUGAGAGUGGAUGGUUGGUUAGGAGGGGGGGGGGGGGUCUGUCCUCCGAAUCAGAGGGACGGCCCCCCUCGUUAACCCCGGUCACGCACGGGGCGGCCGGCCUCCAGGCUGAGCUCAGGACAGACCCACACGCACACGGACACACGCACACGCACAUGCGCACGCACACGGACACACGCUCGACACCGCGGACCGCAAAGGCCGGCCGUUGUCUGGCGGGCUUGCGGCUUUGGGUGCCAUGUUGUUCCGGAGGACAGGGAAACGGACACGGAAGGAGCCGGAAGAACGCCUCGCCUCGCGCGGCUGGGCGCCCCGCCCUCUGGACCGCGGCUCUGCGACGGGACGUCUCCUCGCCGCGUUCCGUCGGUCGCCACGGCGACGGCCCGACCCGGUGCCCCGUGCCGUUCUGUCACUUUUUUUUAUUUUUGUUUCUCUCUCUGGUGCAGCGUACAGGAUCUGUAAACAUAAUAAUGAUCCACUACCCCCCCCCCCCCCCUUCCUCAUAAUGUUUAAAUUAUUAUUAUUUUUGCUACUCAAGUGUGUGAAAAUAUGCAUCUGUACAAGCAGCUUCGGGGUUUCGGUGGCGAAAAAUGGUGCUCUGCUCUCAGAAUUUAACACUGGAUAACGUACCUGUGUAGGUUGUUGACGACACACUACUGGUGUGUGGGGUCAGCAGCUCGUUUUUAACAAAAAAACGAAACAAACAACAUAAAACUGCAUUUUUUUGUUUUGUUUUUGUUUUGUUUUUUUUAGUCAUUGAGAAUCAUGGCGCUGGUUUCCAUGGCUACAGGAUUCCAUAGCGGGAUGGUAGAAUAAGCGGUUUGUGAAUCGCGUACGUGGCCUGGCUGCUAAGGCUCUGCUCUUGUCCGUUAUGGUGCUGCUGGACGGGCCUGUGUUUAUAUUACUCAAUCACAGACGUAUCCAGGCGUGGCUUAUGGUUAGCGGGCCUCGGUCAAAUACGUAAUCGUUUUGGAUUCAAAUCAUUUCCUACUACUUUACUUUUUACUACACUUUUUAAUUUACUAUGUUUGUCUUGUGUAUCGGAACCUAUGAAAUGCUUUCUAAGUGCACAAACCCCACCUUCUGGUCUUCUUGGUUGGCUCAGUCGCGCCAGGCAAGAUGAGCUGAGGACAGAAAAAGGUAUUUGAAUCCAAAACAAUUACGUAAUUGAACCAGGUCUGAUGGUUAGGCUGGCUGUAGAAGGUGGCUGUUGCCAGUCCACAGGACUGCGAGAACCCGGUCAGAACCCAGAAUCACGGCCAUGCAUCCGCUUUACGGGUUAACUUCUCUUCCACUAACUGUCCUUUUUUUUUUUUUUCCUCGAUUUUUCUUUUUGUGAAAUAGUAGCCAGCUGACUAUUGCAGUGUAGUGCAAGCGAUUCCUGCAUAGAAUUGAGAUCUGUUUAUAUUUUAUUAUUCAGUAAAGUCAUUUUAAGCUUCCUUUCAAAUCCGCCAUCACCUUUGACCAUUAUACCUCUCCUGCAUCACAGACCAGGGGACCAGGACAUUAACGAGCUGCCGCAGGGGCUAAAUGAGAGGAUUGUAUAUUUAUGUAUGUACACUAAAUGCAUAUAGAUUGUCAAUGAAGAAUUUAGGUAAUCGGACCGCGAGUGUUCGAGAGCUUAUCCUAUAGUCGGGAUUAAAGCGCAAGAAAUAUAUUUGGAAAGGUAGGAUGCGAUGGCGUGUACAGUAAAUUCAAAGCAAGCUUGUGUAGUUGAUGUAAAUGUGUGUAUGUUGUUGCUGAAACAUAGUUUCUGGUGGUCUUACAGGCAUAUUUUGCCUUGAAAUACGUGUAUUAGCAAGGGUUUUUUUUUAUAAAUGAAAUGCUCUGUCAGUGUAGUUCUACAGCCAGUCCAAUCACACACGGGUUCACACACGCACACGUUAUCUCGCGCACGCACGCGUUAUCUCCAAAUACACACUUUCUCUCACACUGAGAAAUUCAUAUGGACACACGGGCUCACACACGCACACGUUAUCUCCAAAUACACACAUUCUCUCACACUGGGAAAUUCAUGAAUGACAGUUAAACUACUGGGGACUUUUUCUUUUGAACUCAUCUUGAACUUUUAUUUUGAAAUCAGUUUUUCAUAGAGAAGUAUUGUACUGUGAAUCGGAGUAACUCUCCUUAGACUGUAUAAUUGUUUAUAUUUUAGUUUAUUGUAUUUAUCCUGUAAUUUUUUUUUUUUUUUGGUUUCCAUGGUGAUAAUUGUAUUGGGAUUAUUUAAUUUUUCCCGAAACAUUAGCGUUAAUGGUGUAGGACGCAAUAGGUCUUAGAGUAAGUGACGCACAGUCUGAAGAAGAAAAGAAAAAAAAAAAAACCACAUGGUGCUACAAUCUAUAAUCUCCGGACUGUGCCUAAUGUUAUUUAUGAAACCUUAAGAACGUCAACAACAAUUAUUAGAUUAUUGGUGCUUCUUGUACACAGGGAAGUUGUUUGCCAUUUUGCGGCAUUCCUUUGUUUGUGAUAUUUAAAAUUGUAUGGUGUUAAUAGUACUGAUAUUUUCUUUAAGGCCGAGUGUACAAAUGCACUGCACGCCUCAAUGAAGCCAUCUGCAAAGCUUGGCACAGAGUUAUUGAUACAAAUUAAGUUUUCACUAGGUGCGUGUAUGUAUACACAUACACAUACGUAUAGAUUUGUACAUAUAUAGUGUAUUGGUGUACGACACAACAGAAAACACAAUCACCAUUUUUUCUUUUCUUUUUGAAAACAUGCAUCAUCAGUUUUAUUCAGGACAUUCUAUCAAUGCACACAAGGUUAUAUCAUACUUCUGUGCAAAUACGCCGCAAAGGUCUUUAAUUUAUGACUAAGAGGACAUUGUUGACGGGAACACGCUAGGCAGGCCGCGUCUUUUCUGUGUGAGGAUAUGGUGCAUUUUCUUUGGUGCUGAACAUAAAAGGCCGGCGCAGCCAAUCAGGCUCGUCGGUCGGGCCCGGGGGGAGGUGGGGCCACCGUCGCCGUGGCAGCGACCGCUCCAGCGGAACACGGUUCACCUUGACUGUUCCAUGCACUCUGGAACACGGGGCUUAAUUAGCCUCAGUCUGUGCCGUCUCCCCACGACUGCCUAUUAAUUCGGGAGUCUGCGUACGCCUCAAAACAGGCGCCGACUUUUAGAGUUGUGUGGUAUGCGGAUGACGUAAGACCUACUGGUUUGUGCUUUUUUGAUUUUGCAUUAUGUUUACUUUUUUUAAUCUUUUUUUUUUUUUUUCUUUAUUAAACCUCUGGGUCUGUGUCGAACGUUUGCAAUGAUGCCUUCUCUGUUGUGAAAACUGGUGCUGUUUUAACGAUAGGAACACAACAACAAAACAUGUCAUUACUGGUGCAUCGUAUACCAAAUUCCAGCGUAUCGUGACACUGGCUGCCUGUUCCAGGGCUGUUUUCAGUACCCCCUGCAUACUUUUCCCCAUUCCACAAGUGUGAGCAUAUAAUGUCUAAUUGUGAUGUUUAAGAACAUUACCCCGGAGUAGGAUGACACAUUACAUGGGCUGUAGUGUCUAGGCUUCCAUUGGUCAGGUGUCAGUGUAGUCUUCACGAACAGGAAAUGACACGUGUGAUUUAUCGUACGUUCGUGUUUUGUGCACGUGUGUGUGUGUGUGUGUGUGUGUGUGUAUAUAUGUGUGUGUGUGUGUGUGCGCGCGCGUUUAAUUUGCAUCGUGUUGAGGCUCAUCUAAGCUUUAUAGUCACAAUGCCUUUGAGAGGGCAAGGAUGCUUUGUCACCAGGAAUGUGUAAUGACUAUUUCUGUUUUACGUCACGUGUGGACUACAGUUUGUUCAUAUAGGACACGACCAGAAAAAGCUAGUCCUUUGUUACCAGCACUGAGAGGUCUUUUCUAAUUAUUGUUAUUGUUGAAGUUGUUACAGUUAUGAUUUAUUCUUGGUGUUUGAUAUAAUUGCAGUCGUUAUUUGGUGUUUUUAUGACAACUAAAGAUCCAGAUCAAUUUUAAUAUCCUUAAAACAGUUAGGUGCUUUCCUGCACUUUAAACAAGGAACAUGCAGCUAAUGGGAUAACAUGUCCUCUACCCUUGUGCCGGACGAGAGGAUGGCUUUUAAUAAAAUUACGCAAGUUUGAGUUUCUUUUUCAUUUUUAUUUUGGUGUUCCCCUGUUCCUAAUUUGCUUUAUUUUCAGUCUGUGGUGGUGGUGGUGAUGUGUGUGGGAGAGAAAGCAGGCUUUGGGUUUAGAUGUAAAAUGUAUUUACACUAACUGUUUGGCAGCUCUUGACCAUUUCUGUUUUAUGUUUGCCGUAACCCUGCCACGUCGGUAAUGCUAACUUGAAAAACCAUGGUUCUCUUAAUUAGGUGUUCGGCACAGUGUCAUCUUGGAGUGCACAGUAUUGCCAAUACCCCUCUGAGGUAAUCAUAGAUGACCAGGAUUUGUCACUAUUGCCUUUAUUAAAAAAAAGAAAAGCGUAAAAUAUCCUCUGUGAUGGUACAAAACUGCUUGGUUUUUUUCUUCUGACUAACACAGUGCACUGCUCCCUUGGGAAUCACAAGUAGUCCAGUGUUACUACACUUGUGAACGGUUGAUGCUUUUGUGAAACAUUGUAUGAGGGUCUGUCAUGAAUGCAUUAAAUGAUUUUUAUCAUUUUAA